CGUUCUGAAACGACGCAUAAUUUAUAAAAUCUCCACCAAUCAACAUUUACUAGGCGGGAACUAGAGAACAAGAAACCCAACGGCUGACUCGCAAACAGCUCUGAUUCCUAUUGGAUGAAUCGAGCACUACGUAGGGUACAGAAGUGUACUAUUUCGUGCCCUACGUAGUGGACGUGUGUGUGGAGUAGGGAAGAAUUUGGAACACCUGUUCUCAAGCGUUAUCUCACGUGCUAGUUAAGCAAACGUUUUAUUUUUUGUUUGUUUGUUGUUGUUUUUUACAGAGAAAUGAAGAGAGGAAACUGGAGAGGAAGGAGGAGCAGACGCCAUCAUCCUCCUCAUCCUCAUGAUGAUGGCUCUGACUGGAGUAUGAGGAAUCGUCCAGCAGAUACAUCUGAAUCAUCAGACACAAGUUCAGGAUCAGACGCCGCUUCAUCCUCCAGAUCCAGUGCCCCUGCUCCUGAGUUGCCCGGUUUUUACUUCGACCCCGAGAAGAACCGCUACUUCCGGCUGUUGCCCGGUCACAACAACUGCAAUCCGUUAACGAGGGAAACGCUGGAGGAGAAGGAGCGCGAGAGGAAGAGGACGAAGCUGCUGGCCGAGGACGAGCGGGCGAGGAAGAAAGCUCCACGUACCGGACUGAACUCCACGCUCCUGCUGCAGAGGAGACGCCUGGGAGAGCUGUCCCCGAGCUCCUACUGUAGGCUGGUCCACGAGGUGAAGGUGAGCGAGAUGAAGCGACACAAGCUGGAGGUGCAGAGCGCCGACUCCAGCAGCCCGAACACGGACAACUUCCGCCUCAUCGUGGCGGACUCGGCGUGCGAGCGCGUCUUCACGGUGAACGACGUGUCGCACGGAGGCUGCAAGUACGGCAUCAUGAACUUCAGCGGCUGCAGGAACGGCUCUCUGUCUGCGCAGAUGUGCGAUAACCUGUACUUCACUAACCGCAAGGUGAACUCGGUGUGCUGGGCGUCGGUGACUCAUUCAGACUCUCAUGUCCUGUUGUGCUUGGUGGGAAUAUCUCAGACUCCCGGCUGCGUCAGUUUACUGCCCGCGUCUCUCUUCAGUAACUCCAAUCCCGACCAGCCUGGGAUGCUGUGCAGUUUUAAGAUCUCUACAGCGUGGUCGUGUGCGUGGUGCCUGAACCCACAGGCUGAUAAAACCUUCAGUACUGGUCUUUCACGGAGCGUCAUCGUGACCGAUGCGGUGACGGGCCGUCGGCAGACGUACGGCACAGGAAGUGACGUUCUGGCCCAGCAGUUUGCUCUCAGAGCGCCGGUCCUGUUCAACGGCUGCCGUUCAGGCGAGAUCUUCAGCAUGGACCUGAGGCAGCGAGGCCGCGGACGGGACCACAGCUGGAAGUCCUCCCGCUUCCAUCAGGACUCGGCCGUCACCUCCGUGCGACUGCUGCAGGACGAGAACUACCUCCUCGCCGCGGACAUGCUGGGAAAGAUCAAGCUGUGGGACGUGCGCGCGAGACGGCCGGUCAGGCAGUACGACGGGCACCACAACGAGUACGCCUACCUGCCCCUGCACCUGUGUGAGCGAGAGGGGCUGCUGCUCGCAGUGGGUCAGGACUGCUACACCCGUCUGUGGAGUCUUCGAGACGGCCAUCUCCUCAGGACCAUCCCCUCACCUCACCCUGCAGGAAAGGACUCCAUCCCCAACGUGGUCUUCUCCUCACAGCUGGGGGGCCGCAGAGGACUGCCCGGCCUCCUGAUGGCCGUCUGCCAUGACCUCUAUUACUACCCUUACGGUGACUAUCAGGACGGGACGGGAUCCGAGGCACAAGGCUGAGCUGCUCCUCUCUCUCUCUCACACACACACACACACACACACACAGUCGCUGCUACAUCACCCGACAUGUCAAACAGACUUCUGGGUGUACUUUGGAUGCAUUCAAUCCGUAUUGCAGUUUUUAAACCGAACAAUGGACGGUUAAGGAUUGUGGAUUAUUUUGGUGUGACCUUUUAGGAAAACAAAAUAAUAAUAAUAAUAAAUUAAAAAAAAUUUGCCAUGUUACAAGUUUUGAAAAAUAACUUUGUACGAGGGUGAAAAAGUAUGACGGAAAACGAUACGCUUUUGAGACACCUGUUUGCCGUUAACAAUGCCAUAAUAAUAAUAAUAAUAAUAAUAAUGUUUUCGUUUGACUUGCCCUUUGUAAAAGAACAAAUAAUGUUUGAUUAAUGUCGUUCUCAGAAUUCAGUGAAAUGAUUAGAAGUUAAAAUAUUCAUGGCCCAUUUGAAAAAGGAAGAAAAUAUUAAAAUGCUCAAGUGCU